AUGAAAUCUCCAAAGGAUAGCGACGAUUUGGAUAGAAAUCAAUCCAAUGAAAGUAACUCGAGUCGAGUUGAUGAUCAACAAGUAAAAAAACCAUCAACAAGAUUGGGUUAUUUUAACUAUAGGCCGGAUUACUUGCAACGUUUUAACACACCACGUUGGCUAUUAGCGGUAUUAUGCCUUUAUGUAACAGCAAUCAAUGUCUCACUAUUGGGGUUUCGCGGUGUUGUUGUGCCACAAAUUGAGAAGCGAUUUAAUAUGACUUCUACCUUUAUUGGUACAAUUAUGAGUUCUGUCGAUAUUGCUAACGGAGUUAGUGGUAUUUUGUUAACUUACUAUGUUGGACAACGCCAUAAAAGCAAAUGGAUUGGCUACGGAAUUAUUAGCUUUAGUGUUGGCUCUUUCGUAUUGCUAAUACCACAUUUUAUAGCUGGCUCGUACUACUAUGGAGAUAUAACUAUUAAUAAUUCUUCACAAACCAAUAUUCUAUGUAGAAGUCAUUCCUUCAAUGCUUCCCAUGCUUUUUGUAAUAAUAUAGCUCAUCAGAGUACACCGUGGGUUUAUCCAUUAAUAUUUAUUGUGGGUCUCACAUUAUGUGGUAUCGGGUUUAGUAUUGAAUACAAUGUAGGUUUAGCUUUCAUCGAUGAGAACGUUAGCCCAACUAUUUCGCCAUUAUAUAUUGCUAUUUUUCAUAUGAUGGCUGUAUUAGGACCCACACUAGGCUAUGUUGUGGGCGGAAUCUUUAGCAAUAUAUACAUUGAUUGGCCAGUUGUUCCAAAAGACUUGAAUUCUAGUGAUCCUCGAUGGAUCGGUGCUUGGUGGCUAGGGUAUUUAAUUGUCGGAUGCAUCACCUUGGUAUCAUCAAUUUUCAUCUUUGCAUUCCCCUAUCACUUGCCUACUUAUCAAAAAAGUAGAAUUAAAAGACUUAUUCAAUCAAAAUCGACUAAUAAACCUGUAGAUGACAGUCAGUAUGGUAAACGUUGGGCUGAUUUUCCGCGUGCUUUCUAUAACGUUGUCAGCAAUCGAAUAUUCUUACUAGCAGUUGCUGGCAUAAGUAUCGACCAAGUUCUAGUUAUUGGCUUUUCCACUUUUUUACCUAAAUACAUUCAAUCGCAAAGUGGAGCAUCUUUACUAACAGCAACGACAAUCUCUGGUACAACUGUUGUCAUUAGUGCAGGUAUUGGACAAAUCUUGGGUGGAUUCAUUACAAAGCGCUGGAAUUUAGUGGGCUCUAAAAUAUCCAAAUUUUGCUUCUUUGUCUGUAUUAUGAGUUCCCUUUCCACGUUUGUACUACUCAUUUCUUGUGAUAAUCCUAAAAUUGCUGGUUUAUUCGUGCCAUAUCCUCAUUCAUCUAACGUUACUAUGACUUGCAACGCCAAAUGCUAUUGUGACCAAAAUCUAUUUAGUCCUGUCUGUGGAGAAAAUAGCAUUACUUACCAGUCUCCCUGUCAUGCUGGGUGUAAUAUCACAAUUAGCAAUGGCAAUAUAAUUAAUACAAAUUACUCUAGAUGUAGCUGCAUAAACUCUGGCAGCGAGAACAUUGUUUCAACUGGAGCAUGUUUAAGCCAAACCUGUUCCCUGAUAUAUCCUUUAAUAAUUGGAAUUAUGAUUAUGGUUUUCACCACGUUCUUAUCUUUUACACCUACGUUAACCGUAGUAUUAAGGAGUAUUCCUGAAAGUCAAACGACGUUUGGAAUGGGCGUUGAAGGGGUAAUAUAUCGAAUAUCAGGUGGAUUACUUGGUCCAGUUAUAUUUGGAUAUGCUAUGGAUAGUUCAUGCUCGUUGUGGAAUGAGCAAUGUGACCAAAGACAAUUUUGCUGGCGAUACGAUAACCAAAAACUAGCAUUAUACAUAUUUUACAUUGCUCUUGCUUGCAAAUGCCUUAAAGUGUUUAUUUAUGCAAUGUUAUGGUACUUUCAUCGCAGAGAAGAAAUGUAUUCUGCUGGUAAAAUAAAUGCAGAAGAAAAGGAAAAAUCUUCAUUAGCAAAUGGCAACAACGAAAAGAACGGAUUGGGAUCUACAGUUGAACCUAAAAUUAGUUCUGAAAGAACAACUGCCGCUGUAGUUUAUGCAUUUCCUCUAGAAACUCAAGUUUAA